AUGUCGACGGCUUCAUCAGACCUGGCUCUCUCGUCCCCAGAGGCGAGCAGCCAUGUCUCGUCCACUUCGAUCCGCCGUGGGAGACGGUCUCCCGCCGCCCCCACAAACAUCCUGCUCUUUCUCGUCGCGUUCCGCGUCCUCAACGCCCUCUGCGUCCGUACCUUCUUCCAGCCCGAUGAAUUCUUCCAAUCGCUGGAGCCCGCAUGGCAGAUUGCCUUUGGCAAGGACAGCGGCGCGUGGAUAACCUGGGAAUGGAAACACCAACUACGGUCGUCGAUCCAUCCGGUGUUUUUCGCUGCGGUUUACUAUGUUGCGGGCUCGAUCGCAUGGCUUCUGCGCCAUUCCCCGUUGACCGCUGCCGAUCUUCUCAUCGCCGCCCCGAAGACGACGCAGGCAGUCAUCGCCGCGAUUGGGGACUACUAUACGUGGAAGUUGGCUGGCAGGGUGUACGGACCAGAUAGCCAUGGCGCGUGGGCAACUCUCGCGUUGACCGUCCUGAGCCCCUGGCAAUGGUUCUGUUCCACAAGAACCCUGUCCAAUUGCUUGGAAACCACGCUGACCGUGGUGGCCGUAUAUCACUGGCCCUGGGAGUGGUUUCUUGGAAUUGAGGAGGAUAAUGACGAUGGAGGAGCUUACAAAGACGCGUCCCAAGCGCCAAGCGGACACGGGACUGGGAGCAGGCUUGCAAGCGCUGGCUUGCAUCCUGCGCCCAACAAACGUCCUGAUCUGGAUGUGCCUGGCAAGCUUUGCUCUGCUCAGAGUUCCCAGGCCAACACAUUGGAUCCUUCUGAGGGAAGCUGUCGGAUGCGGUCCCUCGCGGUCUUUUAUGGGAGGAACGACUGGCACUAUUACCUCUCCCAAGGCUUGCCGCUUCUUUUGACCACUGCCCUCCCGUUUACCAUCCUCGGCGUGUAUCGGGCCUUGCGAUCUAAUUCUACCUUUUCUGCCCCUGGUGACCGGCAGCUAUUGAUCAAACGCCAGCUCGCCUUUGUAUGCCUGUUCAUGCCGUUCGUGCUCUCUCUUAUUGCCCAUAAAGAAGUCCGCUUCAUAUACCCUCUGCUGCCUGCUUUACAUGUUUUGACCUCGGAGCCCCUUGUAUCAUUCUUCCUUCCUGCCGUCUUGAACUCAUCGGGAGCCUAUGUGCCCCGCAGAUUGAUUCUCCUCUUUCUUCUACUUGUGAAUAUUUUCGUUGCGUAUUACACCACUGUUUCCCAUGCAUCUGGUCCGCUGAGUGUUCUGUCAUAUCUCCGAGAGCGGCACCAGGCACAUCAUGAACCUUCGCACCUCCUUCAGCCCCCAUUCCCAUCACUAGGCUCUUCCGCCCCUAACAGAGUAGCAUCUGGUGAUUCCCCCAAGGACAUGACGGUGGGAUUUCUCAUGCCUUGCCACAGCACGCCGUGGCGCUCUCACCUGGUCUUCCCGUCUAUCCACGCAUGGGCUUUGUCUUGUGAGCCCCCGGUUGGUUUUAACGAGAGCCAGAAGGCUGCAUAUCUCGACGAAGCAGAUCAAUUUUAUGCAAACCCGAGUGAUUUUCUCCGCCACAACAUGAUUGGUGGUUUAAGGCAUAUCCCUCGCAGGCCAUCUUACCUUUCAUCUAUCCGGUCUCAGUCCGUUCAUGGGACUCAACGAGAUGACAGUGUCCAGCAUGGAUGGCCGGACUAUCUUGUAUUCUUCGCUCAGCUGGAACCGACAUUGAACAGCCUUCUCCGUACUAGCUCCUAUGCCGAGUGCUGGCGGACGUGGAACACGGCAUGGCACGACGACUGGCGCCGGCGAGGUGACAUUGUGGUCUGGUGUCUUGAUCCGGUGGAGCAGCAGAAUUGGCGAAAUCUGCAGAGGAAGAGGGCCAUAGAGAGACGGGAUCGGCAGUUUGAUCGAAUCAUCAAGGAAAUUAAGAAGGAGGCAGCCGCUCGGGGUCUGUGGGGCAGAAAACAAGCCUCUUCGUGGUGGCCUUUUGCGCCAUCGUCGUCGCUCUCCUGGCCAUGGGCGAAGUCGAGAAAGAGUUAUAGAAUCUUGUCUGACUUUCAUCUUCCGUCUUCAUGGCCAUUUUCCAAGAAAACGAAGAAGGAAUCGUCCAAAAUUAGUUUAUAUCCAUACUAA